CGGCACGGAAUAGGCUGUGAAUGCAAUGAAUGCUUUGUGUUUCACUCAUUAAACACGUGUUUUAUUUGUUCACUAUUUUGAUGAUCGAGUCGAGCAUUGAGUUCAUUUGAUUUGCCAUUCAAUCCAAGCAUUCAUUGUUUGUCAUUAACUCCACACUCAUUGACGGCUUAAUCGACACGAGCAUCGGAUCCCAGAAAAUGUCUGAUUUGUUGGUCAAUGAAGUCGAUAUGAGUGAGAGUCCGGCCCAUCAGACGUCGGCCGCGAACGCGAUUACCAUCGAAGACGACGAGGUGAUUGAGGUGAUGGCCAGCCCUUCGAUCCCUUCCCACAACCACAUCGACAAGAAGCCGGCGCUGAACUCGUUGGCCGCGUCGAGCCAUUCCUCGAAGUCGGGGCCACUGCUGUGCGACAAAUGCAAGACCGAGGCUGUGAUGAACGGCGUGACCACCGAAGAGAUGACAUCCAAAGACUACUACUUCGACUCAUACGCCCACUACGGCAUACACGAGGAGAUGCUGAAGGAUGAGGUCCGCACCCUUACCUAUAGGAAUGCCAUGAUUCACAACAAACACCUCUUCAAGAAUAAGGUGGUGCUCGACAUCGGCUGCGGCACCGGUAUUCUCAGUAUGUUUGCCGCUAAGACGGGCGCCGCUCAUGUCAUCGGG